AUGGGAUAGAGUUGUAUAAAAAAAUAGAAAUUAUAAAAUGAAAGUGAAUUAGAAUGUUAAUAGAAUAUUAUAUAACCAAUAAGUCAUAGUAAUUAAAUUAAAAGACCAAUUUAUGAAAUUUGUUAUAUAAUAGGUAGAGAAGAAACAAAUGAUGAAGUUUAUGAUUUUGAUUUAGAAACAAAAAAGACUUAAAAAAAAUAAAAAAUGAAAUGUGUUUAUAAUUCUAAAACAAAUUUCUCUUUAGGUGUAAAAUAAUAAAAGUAAUUGAUCAAAAAUUAGUUAAAAUCACUUGGUGCAGAUGUUUCAUAAAUAUUUAAUCCAAAAAAAUAAAAAUUAAUUCGUUCUGAUCGUGAAAGUAGAGCUAAAGAAUAUAGUACUCGUUUAGUAUAAACUACAAGAGAUCCAAAAAGAAAUGGAACAUUUUCAUCAAAUAAAAGUUAUGAUAAUAGUUAAUCUCCACUUUAGUUUUCUUUAAAAUAAUAAAAUCAUACAUAUGAUUCUAUAAGAGAUGAAAUUAAAUCUGUUAGAUCUAUGAAAACUUUAAAUUAAUAAAAUUUAAAUCAUGGCAUCUUAAAAUCAAAAAAAGGAAAAGCUAAAUCUAUGUAUUACAAAAGAACAGUCAGAUUUUAAUUUUGA